AUGACCCAGGCAGUGGCGCCCACGCACCGAAACCCCGGGGAGAGCUCCCCGGGCAGCAGCCGGGUGAGAAAGCUGUGCUGUCCUUUGUCAUUUCAAGGACACGCUCUGAGAACAGAUGUAAACACUAACAACAAAAGAGACGACGGCUUUGGAAGACAGGUCCUCACCUUCAGCUGCUGCCGGAUGCCUCCCUCCCACGAGCUCAACCACCAGCGCCUACUGGAGUAUCUGCAGUACACGCUGGACCAGCACGUGGAGAACGACUACACCAUCGUCUACUUCCACCACGGGCUGGACAGCCGCAACAAGCCGUCGCUGAGCUGGCUGCAGAGCGCCUACGAGGAGUUUGACAGGAAAUACAAGAAGAACUUGAAGGCGCUGUACGUGGUGCACCCCACCAGCUUCAUCAAGGUCCUGUGGAACGUCUUCAGACCCCUCAUCAGCCGCAAGUUUGGGAAAAAGGUCACCUACGUCAACUGCCUGAGUGAGCUCCGUGGGCACCUCCCGCGCGCCCAGCUGCUGAUCCCCCCGGAAGUCCUGCGGUACGACGAGAAGCUCCGGAGCCUGCACCAGGGCCGGCCGCCUCCUGCCAUGAAGACGCCGCCGCCAAGGCCCCCUCUGCCCACCCAGCAGUUUGGCGUCAGCCUGCAAUACCUCAAAGACAAGAAUCGCGGCGAACUCAUCCCCCCCGUGCUGAGGUCCACGGUGACGUACCUGAGAGAGAAAGGACUCCGCACCGAGGGCCUGUUCCGGAGGUCGGCCAGCGUGGCGACGGUCCGCGAGAUCCAGAGGCUGUACAACCAAGGGAAGCCCGUGAACUUUGACGACUACGGGGACAUCCACGUCCCCGCUGUGAUCCUGAAGACCUUCCUGCGAGAGCUGCCCCAGCCGCUGCUGACCUUCGAGGCCUACGAGCAGAUCCUCGGGAUUACCAGUGUGGAGAGCAGCCUGCGCGUCAGCCGCUGCCGCCAGAUCCUGCGGGGCCUCCCGGAGCACAACCACGCGGUGCUCAGCUACCUCGUGGGCUUCCUGCACGCGGUGUCCCGGGAGAGCAUUUUCAACAAAAUGAACAGCUCCAACCUGGCCUGCGUCUUUGGACUGAACCUCAUCUGGCCGUCCCAGGGCGUGUCCUCCCUGAGUGCCCUCGUGCCCCUGAACCUGUUCACCGAACUGCUGAUCGAGUACUACGAGAAGGUCUUCGUCGCCCCGGAGGCCCCCGGCGCGGCGGGAGCAGGUGCGCAGGGCGGCCCCGUCGCCGCCAGGGGGUGUGCGGCAGGCAGCCGGGCCACACCCGUCCCUCCCCGCAGUCCCCCGAUGGCAGCCAGGAGACCCCGCUAGUGUCGGAAACGCACCUUGGCUCCUCUGUGCACUCGUGCGUCACAAACUUGCCACCUGUGAAAACGACCGGGCAUUAAGCAGACUCGGAACCUUCUGGUGAAAAUCCCAGGCUUCAGAUCCUUGGGCCCUUCUCCACUGCUCCUGAGCCGUGGGCCGUGACGAGAUGACGCAUCUGUGAGGACGGUUAUUUGAGACAGGGUCUCGCUCUCCACCUGUGGCCCAGGCUGGAGUGUGGUGGCGCGGUCGUAGCUCGCUGCAGCC